AUGUGUGACCAGACGUUUUUGGCCAUCACCUUUGGUCCAUGUGACAACUGCAGCCAGAACAAACCUCUGAUGAACAUCUACCUGCAGAAUGAGCCCAUCAACUACUGCUCGCUGUGUGUGGAGAUGAUGGCGUGCCAUGGUCUGGCGAAGGGUGAGACUUUGGUGUCAUUGCAGGCCGAGUCGGAGAGUCUGAAGGCCAAACUGGAGCAGGAGAGAGCAAAACUGCAUGAUGCAGAACUGAGUCAGGCAGCGGAGAAGGUGGAGACGCUGGGAUCGUUUACGCUGAAGACCCGGAGAACGUUAAAAGGUCACACGAAUAAAGUUCUGUGUAUGGACUGGUGCUGUGACAAGAGACGCAUCAUCAGCUCCUCACAGGAUGGGAAGGUCAUUGUGUGGGACGCCUUCACUACUAAUAAGGAACAUGCUGUUACCAUGCCCUGUACGUGGGUGAUGGCGUGUGCUUAUGCCCCCUCCGGCUGUGUGAUAGCAUGUGGUGGACUUGAUAAUAAGUGCUCGGUGUACCCUCUGUCUCUGGAUAAAAACGAGAACCUGGCACUGAAGAGGAAACCCGUGGCCACGCACACCAACUACCUCUCAGCCUGCAGCUUCACCAACUCUGAUAUGCAGCUCCUGACCUCCAGUGGUGAUGGUACAUGUGCAUUAUGGGAUGUGGAGAGUGGUCAGUUGCUGCAGAGCUUCCGCGGUCACUCGGCUGAUGUGCUCACACUGGAUCAGGCUCCCUCCGAAACCGGGAACACCUUUGUGUCUGGGGGCUGUGAUAAGAAGGCAAAUGUCUGGGACAUGCGGUCAGGACAGAACAUCCAAUCCUUUGACACCCACGAGUCAGACAUCAACUGUGUGAAGUACUACCCGAGUGGUGAUGCGUUUGCUAGUGCUUCUGAUGAUGCUACGUGCCGUUUGUUCGAUCUGAGGGCCGAUCGAGAAGUGGCCGUCUACUCUAAGGAAAGCAUCAUCUUCGGGGCCUCCAGUGUGGACUUCUCCCUCAGCGGUCGUCUGCUGUUCGCCGGCUAUAACGACUACAACAUCAACGUGUGGGACGUGCUAAAGGGCACCAGGGCGGCGAUCCUGUUUGGGCACGAGAACCGGGUCAGUAAGGUGCGGGUGUCGCCCGACGGCACGGCGUUCUGCUCGGCAUCGUGGGACAACACGCUGCGAAUCUGGGCUUGAUCUGAUUCCCCGCUGAGAUCAGGAGCUGAUUCGUCAGAAAAAGGGACACGAUCUUCAUACCAGAGGUUUCGUUUAGACUGAGAUCAGGAUCUGAUGUAAUGAAAGGGAUCCUGUAGAUCUAAAAUGAACAGUGCGGUGGGUGAUAAAGUACUUUUGAGACGUAAUUUAGACCCUGAACUUUGACCCCAGCUUGUACGUAAAUAUACGAGGGUUCUUCAAAAAGUUUCAGCACUUUUAAAACUUUAUUUAUUAUGAAUUUUAAAAACAAACUUCAUCACGCCGCUCAGGUGGCGCAGAAUUAAGUGCGCCCUAUUGGUCCUGCCCUCCACUACAGUCCCAUUUUCUUAUGUGGCCCCUUGGAUCUACACAGUCACCUUCCGAUGCAUUUUUCCAGCGUCGUACCGACUUUUUAAUGCCGUCAGCAAAAAAUGUUUUUGGUUGAGCUCUUAGCCACUGAUGCGUCACUGCUUUCACAUCAUCAUCACAUGAAAAUCUUCUUCCCCAUAAAGCUUCUCUGAGGUGGAAACCAGAUAGAGCUAAAUCCGGACUAUAAGCUCUCAGUCUCUCAGACACGAGCGAUUACUCCUCCUCCCACCCUCACCGCUUCCAACCAAAAUAUACAAGUGCGGAAACUUUUUGAAGAUCCUUCGUAAUUCACUGUACUGUACACAAGUAUAUUUACUCAUGAUAAUA